GAUCGCCGGUGAGGUAUCCGAAAGAUACAGUAACGCUCUCGCUGAACACAUAUACGAUUUAUCUCAUAGCAAUGCAAAAGCCGCAAAAUAACGACAGUCAGCUCAUUGUGGUGCAACAGAAUUUACGAACACUGCCUCAGGAACUGGUGGAGAAGCAUGCUGAUCACGUAGAGCAACUGGAUCUAAGCCACAAUUGUCUGAAGGAUCUGUCCUGGUUGGCGGACUUCGAGCAGCUGCGUCAUUUGGUCCUGGACAGCAAUCGCAUGCAUGAGGCUCAUUUGAGGACAUUGACUUGCCCACUGCCGCAAUUGGAAGUACUGAUGCUGAACAAAAAUGAGUUCAGUGACCUGCCGACGACAAUGCGACUGAUCAGAAAGUUCUUUCCCAACCUGCAGUAUUUGAGCCUCCAUGGCAAUCCGAUCUGUCCAGAUGGCUUGGAACUGCAGCCCUUCUCCAGUUACCUGCGCUACGACUACGAGUACUACAGCAACUACAUUGCACAGUCGCUGAGCAAACUGAAGUUUCUGGAUCAUGGACUGGUUCAACGCACCUACAAAUACGAAAGUUUUCCCUUGACAAAUUACAAUGGCAAACAGCUUAUUCAGACAACAAGUGUCUGACAAAUUAGCAAAUUAGACUACUAGGCUAUGUUAAUU